AUGUCAAUCACCCUCCGAAAACUUCAGGCUGCUGCCGCCGCCGCCGCCGCCGCAGUAGACGACAUCGAAAGCCACUCUUCCCACAUACACUCCUACUCGGAUACAGAGGACGUUUCAGACCGUAUCCAUAAAAUCGAACAAGAACUCGCAGACCUCCCACCGAAUAGUCCCCUUCGAUCGAAUUUCCAAGCUAUUUUGAAGGAUUAUAAAGACAAAGGGGAGGCCGGGUUGAUGUACCAGAACGGAAGAACGGUUGGGGAUUUUGUAAAUCCGGAUUUGAAAAGGGGGCCUGUUUAUGUUGAACGGUGUUCAAUUUCGAUUAUGAGUGAUGGGGAGAUUUAUUAA